GCAAUUAAUAUAAAGUUAAGUAAAGUGAUAGUAAAGUACAAAAAUGGAUGAUAUUUCUAAUCUAAUACAAUUUGAGAGUUUCGAAGUCGUAGAUUUACCGGUACCAAAACAAUACAAAUAUCCUAUUCAUUUAUAUUAUGGAUAUUUAAAAAAUAUUAAGACGACCGAAAUUCAUAAAAACAAAGUGUGCUGCAAGAUGUGUUUCGAAAUUAAACAAAUAAAAACAUAUCGCUCUAUGAAUCAUACCACUUAUGAACACAUAGAAAAAAUUCAUAAAAUUAAAAUCCGAAAUAAAGAGCAACCGAUGGAAAAAAAAGAGCUCAUUCGUUAUCUCCAAAUGUUUCGGAAAUAUGGAAUAGGCCUUCAUCGAUUGCCUCAACUCUAAUGAAUUAUGAAAAAGAGAUCGAAAAAAAUGGUACAACAUCGGAAAUAGACGAAAUUUUAGGCGAAGGUGUAGUUGCUCCUGAUAGUUGUAUAACAUCAACAUCAAGUGCAAUAUCACCAGCACUAGUACCACAAUGGAAUGAUAAUACUGAUGUGGAUAUUGUACCUAAUGUUGAUGCUAUACAACCAUUGGGAGCAAAACAAAUUAAUGAAGAAAAUGUACAUGAAAAAAAUAAUGCCGCAAAUGGAGCUGCUCUUCGCCAACGGCUAGUUGAAAACGGACGCGCUUUUGGUACUAUAAUUGGGCGUUGGUUAGGCGAGGUAUCGUUAUUUUCUUUAUAUUGUUAUAAUGUUUCUACAUAUAUAUUUUUUUUUGUUUUAGCUACCUAAAAACGACCAACAACAAUCAAGAAUUUUUCAAAAAUUCAAAAAGUAAUAAUGGACGAAAUAGAACUUUAAAGAACU